AGUCUGACGGCUGAAGAUAAAUUGAUGUUCGAAAGCUGUACCGCACUUCCGGGCCGACGUCCCGCGAGGUAAUUUCAAGCCAACAAGCCUAAAACGGCACCCCUUCUCUGCCUCUCAUGUCCCGACGCGACGGACGAAAAAACAACGACUUGCGCGAUUUGAGUGUUGAGUUCGAUGAUCUGGCCCGUGUGGAUGGGUCCGCACGUUUUGGUUUCGGACCUGAAAAUAUAGCACUGGCAUCGCUCUCAGGGCCCAUCGAAGUUCGCCUAUCUGCAGAAAAUCCUUCAAAAGCUACGCUAGAUGUUCAUUUGCGUCCACUUUCCAAUGUUUCAGCGACGGAAUCCAAAUCAAUGGCAUCCGCCAUUGCUUCUGCUUUGACACUAUCCCUACUCCUCACCCAAAAUCCUAGGACUCUCGUUCAGCUCGUUGUCCAGUCCCUUAGCUCGCCGCCAAGGACCUGGAAAGACGGCCUGACAGCGGCGAUGAUCAACGCCAGCACGCUCGCCUUUCUCAAUGCCACUUCCAUACCGAUGAAAGGCCUUGUUUGUGCCGUCACCGUCGGCCGCUUAGCUUCGUCGAAGCAAUUCAUUGUCGAUCCAUCCAGUGAAGAGGCAACACUUUUGGAUGCGGGCGGAUGCUUCGCAUUCCUUUUUGCUGACGGACUUGAUGAGCGCGUCAAGUGCGUCUGGACGAAUUGGCGGUCGUUUUCUGGUGGUUUCGAUGAGAAGGACUUGGUUCAGGCGAGAGAUGUUGCUUCGGAGUCGGCGAAGGUGGUCUGGUCGAAGAUGAAGCUAUGCGUAAGUUAUAGGGCACAGCCUGGGUUGAAAGCGCGCACGGAAAAGAAUGACGAGCCCGGAGAGGAUUCCGAUGAUAACAAGAUGGUCAUUUGAGCUUCGCAUCAGUGGACCUCUUUAUUCCGAUGCUGGUGGUCUGAAAGAAUGGACUCAUGUACUGCAUGGAGUAGUAAUAACGGGGAUAUACCGUGCGUCUUUUCGUUUUAUCAGGUCAACAACCCUUUUUUUU